AUGACUGGUAAGGGUGUAACCAUACAAAUUGGUUACUAUCCCGGAAGUGGAGGUCAAGUCAAAAAAGAUGAUAAAGGAUACUAUUACGAUAGUGGCAAUAAAGUUAACACUCCGGAAAAGGGUGGUAAAAUAGGGAAGAUUAAUAAGGGAAAGAGAAGGGUGGUGGUACCAGUUAUAAAUGUCCCAGUUGUAAAGCAAGUCUCCGCGUAUACCCAUGGCACUGAUUCAGGUACUUACUAUAGACAUUAUAUUCCUGGUUCCGGUUCAGUCUCUGGCUUUAAGAAUGGUGGAAAGUGGCAACGUGGACUUCCAUCUUUAAAGAGUGUUAGCGGUAGUGUUAUCAGGGUCUACUGUGAUAAUUCUGAUCAAAAACCUAUUGCGAUCGCUCAACAAGCUACUACAACUUACUGGUUCAGAAGAAAUACUAGUGAUGAAAAUGCUUGGACUGCAGUCGCUACCGCUCCUAAUCAAGCCUCGUCUGCUCUAUCUACUCCUUCCGUUGAUCUAGAUCUCUCUAAGAUGGAUGGAAAAUACAAUUUUGGAGGUACCGAAAUAAAGAUGGCUGUACUACUUAGUCAUAUUGGUGAUGGCUAUUACAGAUAUCUGUAUUCCCUGAGAGGUGCACCGUUCAAGGCUACUGAAAUCAAGCAUGGUCAAGGAACUACUCUUUCUGGUAUAGACACUUCUACCAACCCCCUACUCAGUGUCUCUGCAUACUAUCUAGGAGACAGUCCCAAUCUGGAUAAGCUUCUCCUAGAACUGAGAUCACAAGGUGGGAAGAAUUACAACUACUUUUACAGAGAUAAGAAGGAUGCACCUACAUGGUCCCCCUAUCUUGGAUCCGGAGGAAAAACUGGUAAGCAACUUGUUGGAUCCUCUCUAAAGACAGAACUUGACAAGCUUAAGAAGACACAAUUUCCUGAUCCUCCACCGGACAUUCUUCAGCAGAUACUUGAUUUCCUCAAUUCUACUUCUGGAAAAAUUACUGAAGGAGUUACAGGGGGUCUAACAACGGCUGGUACUUUGGGAUACGGAGGAUAUAAGCUAUUUAUCUCCCUAGCUACUCGUCUGUAA